GUGAAAACUCACAGUACGUAUUUCUCAUUUCUCGCGAUAGCAGCUACUUUUGCGGUCUGUGGUGUACGUAGCCUAUAUUACGUAAACUAGACGUACAUUUGUAUGUAAUUGCGCGUGUUUUUUUUUGUAUUCGACGAAUAUUGUUGUUAUUUUUGUUGAAAGGGUUAAUUGUUGAAAACGUAAAAAUAUCGCGGUGUGUUUUGACUCGAAGCGAAAAAACAACAAAGGUUCGAGUUCGCGUGAGAUGGUAUAAUAUUCGCGAUUUAUUGGCCCAGCACGUUGGCAAAAGAAACCAAAAACGAGAGGAAUUUUUCGCCUUUGGAAUAAAUUAAAUUUUUCAAACGGAAUUAACACCGCCGAAGAGAAGAGUUCCCAAAAGACAACCCUACUCGAAAGGCAGCAUUGAAAACAACACCACCGCUGGUUUUAUGUCAUUGAAUCUUCGGCAGCUAUGUAUAAUACGAAUAAUUAUGGCCGGAUUUGCGACGAUGACGAAGAAGAAUUCAUAAAAGUUUCGACUUGUUUUGCCGCUGGUUCAGUUACCAUUCCAAACAUCCAGUAUGGUAUUGGAAAAAUCCGCCAAUAUUUGUGCCAUUAGACGGACGAAUUGCGUGUGGAAACAUAGCAAGUGGCGUACAGAUAUGAAAAUCGACAGAUAGUCGAGAUUAUCGUCGUUGAAAAAAAAACUUGCAGAACUUUAUCGCCGCAUCACAUUCCAUUAGAUUUCGUUAUCGUUUCGUGCCAUUAUUUUUGUUCUUUUUUUUGUUUUUAAUUUUAAUUUUUUUUAUCGCGUUGUGGUUUUUUGUCCCCUUUCUACGUAUAUAUUAUUCGUUGUUACUUCGAUUUGUAAAUAUCAAUCCCCCCUCGCCCUUUUCUACUCUGUGAUACUAAAUUUCGUAAGAUUUAUUAUUAUUAUUAUUAUUAUUUUUUUUUUGUUAAAAAGUAAAUAAUUUUAUUAUAAUGAAAAAGUACUCGUCGUUUGGCCGUUUCUUUAAUUUUCGGUCACAUAUUAGAAUCGGUUCGAGUUUCGGAUACGUUCACCUGCAUAAAAAUUUAUCCGUCAGAAGAUUCAUCUUCGUUUUAUUCUUCAUGAGCGUCUUGUCAAUUUUCUACUAUACGCAGCACCUGAAUUCAUCCAUUCCAAGUUUUUUGAUGCGAAAAAGAACUUACCUGAAGCCAUCGAUACAAUGUUCGUAUCUGAAUCGAAGACCGAAGAUGCAUAUGGUCGAGCAUACUCAUCGAUCAUCGGCGCGAUUACGAAUCGAUCCGAAAGUUCUGGUGUUGGUUGAAACCACCUAUUCCAGGUUGGGCAAAGAAAUCGCCGAGUUGCUGGUCCACAAUCGAAUCAAGUACCGACUGGAAGUGGCUGGUAAAUCGUUGCCCGUAUUGACGAAUCUAGAUAAAGGAAAAUUCGGCGUUAUUGUGUUCGAAAAUUUCAACAAAUAUUUACAAAUGGAUAAAUGGAACAGAGAGUUGUUGGAUAAAUAUUGUCGAGAAUACGGCGUCGGAAUUGUCGGCUUUAUACCGCCGACCGAGCAAAAGAUUACAGAACAGUUACGAGGAUUUCCGUUGGUGAUUCGUACUCGACUUCAGUUAAAGGAUGCAACUUUGAACGCAGCUUCGCCUAUUUUAAGGCUGACUAGAGCUGGUGAAACGGUUUGGGGCACUUUGCCAGGUGACGAUUGGUCUAUCUUCGAGUCUAAUCAUUCGACGUACGAGCCUCUCGCAUGGGCUCAUAAUAAUUCCGAAGCUGUCGACGAAGGAAGACCUCAACUUUUGACUACGAUUAUUCAGGAUCGCGGAGAAUUCGACGGUAUCCAAAGAAUCAUGUUCGGCUCAAGUUUACGUUUCUGGUUGCAUAGAUUACUGUUCCUCGACUCGUUAUCGUAUUUGAGUCACGGCCAACUCAGUAUUAACUUAGAAAGGUUGAUUUUAAUCGACGUUGAUGAUAUUUUCGUCGGCGAAAAAGGAACUCGUUUACGACCCGAUGAUGUUGUGGCGCUGCUCGAAACGCAAGAAAGGAUACAGAAAUUAGUUCCGGGAUUCAAAUUCAAUUUAGGAUUUUCCGGUAAAUAUUUCCAUCACGGAACGACCGAAGAAAAUUUAGGAGAUGAUCUUAUCUUAGAACACAUUCAAAAUUUCACUUGGUUCAGUCACAUGUGGAACCACCAGCAGCCUCACCUUUACCAGAAUCAAACUCAGCUAGAGUCAGAUAUGGUUUUAAAUAAAAAAUUUGCCAAAGAGUACGGUAUCCCUACAGAUUGCAGCUAUUCGGUGGCACCUCAUCAUUCGGGUGUGUAUCCGGUCCACGAACCGUUGUAUUCGGCUUGGAAACGUGUAUGGAAUAUAAAAGUCACCUCGACCGAAGAGUAUCCUCAUCUGAGACCGGCUCGCUUACGUAGAGGAUUCAUUCAUCGUGGAAUUAUGGUACUUCCACGUCAAACUUGCGGCUUGUUUACGCAUACCAUAUUUAUAGAACGAUAUCCGGGCGGUCGUUUGAAACUAGACGAGUCAAUACAAGGCGGAGAACUAUUUCAAACAAUAGUUUAUAAUCCGAUCAAUGUGUUCAUGAGUCAUAUGUCGAAUUAUGGAAAUGAUCGAUUGGCGUUGUAUACUUUCGAAUCUGUCGUCAAAUUUUUGCACUGUUGGACUAACCUGAGGGUGGCUAGUGCGCCUCCGUUGCAGUUGGCCGAGAAGUAUUUCAAGAUGUUUCCGGAAGAGACGGAUCCUGUUUGGGGGAACCCUUGCGAAGAUCCUCGUCAUUUGAAAAUUUGGACCAGAAAAUCGUGCGAUCAGCUGCCUCGAUUUUUAGUCAUCGGACCUCAGAAAACUGGCACAACCGCAUUGUACACGUUUCUCUCGAUGCAUCCGAAUAUAUCGUCGAAUUUCGUUAGCCCGGAGACAUUCGAAGAGAUACAGUUUUUCAACGGACGUAAUUAUUAUAAAGGAUUAGAGUGGUACAUGAAUUUCUUUCCUGUGGUGAACAGCACCUCGACUCAGUUCUUAUUCGAAAAAUCUGCCACGUAUUUCGAUGGCGAAUCUGUACCGAAAAGAGCUCAUGCUUUGUUACCUUCAGCUAAAUUAGUAACUAUCCUGAUUUCGCCAGCGAAACGAGCCUACAGUUGGUAUCAACAUACGAGAAAUCACGGUGACUCCGUAGCAUUGAAUUACACUUUCCACGAAGUAAUCACAGCUAACGAUACAGCACCUAAGCACUUGAGGGAUUUAAGAAAUAGAUGCCUAAAUCCUGGUAAAUACGCUCAGCAUCUCGAAAGAUGGUUAUCGUUCUAUGUACCGCAGCAAUUACAUAUCAUAGACGGAGAUAUGCUGAAAAUAAACCCGGUUUUGGUGAUGGAUCAAGUGCAAAAGUUCUUGAAAAUAACACCUCUUUACGAUUACUCGAAAUAUUUACGUUUCGAUACGAGGAAAGGAUUUUAUUGCCAAGUGCUUGGCAAUCAUACGAAAUGUUUGGGUAAAGGAAAAGGCAGACUGUAUGAACGAAUGGAAGAAAAAUCGCUCAAAUUUUUACAACGUUAUUACCUGAGUCACAAUACAGCUUUAGUAAAACUACUAAAAAGAUUAGGCUACAGGAGUGUUCCUCAGUGGUUAAAAGACGAUCUCAGCGAUACUUCACCUUCAUGAAAUUUCGUACAAUUGUAUAAAAAUAACUAAAAUAAUGAUGUAACUCGAUAGCGAGUUGUACUUUGUAAAUAAGUAAGUAUUUUGUGUUUCGUUCAGCAUUUUUUCCUCCCGAAUUAAACAUAUAGAGAGACAAACGUACGAACAAUUAUUAAUGGCCAUAAUUAUUAUUUUAAGCCCCCUUUUUGAAUUUCUAAUUGUUUUUUCCUCGAGUUACCGUAGUGUUUAAGUGAUCUUGCAAUAGAGAAACUGACGAGAAAGUAUUAUCAUACGAAAUUAUUGUGAUUUGUUGUAGAAACAAAAUAGGUUUUUAUUUUCGUUUUUGUUUUCGGUGUCUACGUUGUAAUAUUUUUUUUUCUAUUAUUAUUUUGUCGUGUCCUUCGCCCCUCCCCUAACAAAUAUCAGAUGCCAGGAUGCAUUGUUUUUAUUACUUAUAGUAAAUUUGGUUUUGAAAACAUAUCAUAAUCUUGAGAUAUUGUGGUAUCUCUUCAAUAAUGCAGAUAGUAGUUAUCGAUUUUUGUUUCUCUUUUUCUUCGUAUGGUGCUUUACCUGCAUCUGAUAUUUUACAUUGAAAUUGACUGAUUUUUAGAUUAAUACCAGUAAUAUUGUUGUAAUUGUUUAACACGCGUUAUGUGUGUAUUGUGGAUGACAUUACUCUCUUUUUUUUUUACUAUACGUGUACUUUGUUCUUAAUAAAAAGUAUUCUUUUA